CUGACUCCACAGGCACCAUAUAGCCUCCUUCACUCAUACAGAAGCGGCUAUUAAAGGAAAGCUAUUCACAGUCAACAUGCACCGAUCCUAUCAACCAAUUCUACCAUGUGGCAAUAAGUAUUUGCAGCAGAAAUGGGACCAAACGUACUAUGACGAGCACAGGAGAAAGGUGCAGUCAGCAAAACCAAUGGUAGAUACCAACAGUCCGCAGACAUAUGUUCACCUUAACAUGAAGCUAAAGAAGCUAAAGCUAGAAGAAGAGCGACUGUCAGUCAUAGAGAGGGACAACCGCUUGCUGCUGGAGAAGAUGUCACAUAUAAUGAGAACCAAAGGAAGGGUGGACAACACAAAUGAUUAUGAAGCUAAAAGUUUAAACAAGGAGAAAAGAGAACAAGAGUUAUUGAGAGUAUCAAGAGAGAACCAAGCCAUUCUGGAGAGGAUUAACAAGUGUGAACCUCAAUAUCAAGUAGAAAGGUGGCAUGAAGAUUGGGUAAAAGCAGAAAGAUAUAUGGACAGCAUUGCAAGAUAUCCUCGAGGAUGGUAUAUCACCCAUCAACACAAGCAUUCAUCAAAAGGACAAAAAUCAUCCAUGGAAUGUUCUUCCGCUACAGCUAAAGAAGGAACUGUUCAGAGCGGAAGACGUAAAGAAUCCCUGCGGGGAAGCCAUAAUAACAAGAGAGGGGUAACCAGAAAAGAGACAGUUAGCAAGAAGGAUGGAAAAACUAUAAUUCUAAAACAAACCCAAUCAGUGGGAAAACAUGAAAAAGAAAAUAAGAAAAUUAAAGGUGAUGAUAAGCCGGGUAGGGAUAAAGAUGCAGUAUCUGACACAGAAGUGGACGAACAGUCAACAGAUGAGGCAGCUGCAGAAGCAGCAGUGAAUGAAGAACCAACAGAUAAUACAACAGUGAAUGGAAACCUGGCAGAUGUUGCAGCGGAGAAUGAGUAUCUGAAAGAUGAACAUGAAGAUUAUACAGAGGAUGACAAUGAGAAAGAAGGGACAUCAGAGAGUGAGAAGGAAGAGGAGUCAGACAGUGAAAAGGAGGGAGGAUCAGAGAGUGAUGAGGAAGCUGAGGGUGAAAAGAAGGAUGAUUCAGACAAUUAAGAAACACAUAUAGGAGAUAUGCAGGAUUCAGAUGCAGAAUAGAAUAUCACAGACAUAAAAGGAUAAA